AUGUCUGAAAAUCACUGUUUUGCUAAUCGGACAUUACCGCCUGCAGUAGUUUUUUACUUGAACCAACAACAUCAGCAAAUAAGUCAAGUCCCCAGAUUGGCUAAACCUUCACUGAGCGUUGAUUAUUUCAUGAGUUGCUUUUCGUUUGAGGAUCAAGAAUUUAUAGAAGAAGAGGAAGAGGAGGAAGAAGAAUUUGCGAAUGACGUAUCUGAGUCGAUUCUUGAUGAUGAAGAAAUUAUAGAAGAAGAAGAGGAGGAAGAAGAAGAGUUUGAAGUUGAAAUAUCUGAGAAUUCGGAAACAAUUAGAACAAGAAUGGAGUUUGCUCAUAGUAUGGAUAUUGAUCAGCAACAUCCGCCUCAUAUUCCAAGUGGAACAAUCGAUGAAGUGCAGCCUACACGAGCUAGGGCUCCUCGAAUGCGUGCCAUUAAUAACUACGUUCGUCACACAUUUCAAGUGCCACAAUAUUCGAUUCUUGAUAGUGAUACCUAUGGUUAUGAUGUUAAUGAAGGUGAUCCAGUUGUUGGUGAUGAGGAACAAGAAACAUGUGCUAUUUGUUUUUUUGAAUAUAAAGAUGAAGACACCAUUGGCACACUUCAAUGUGGACAUGAAUUUCACGUUGGAUGCAUCAAGAAGUGGCUACAGAGGAAAAAAGAAUGUCCCUUUUGUAGAGCUCCAGUUUUGCCUACAUUAUAA